GACAAAUGGCUCAGGUGGACUCCUGGCUGAAGCGGUGCGGAGGGAGUUGGUUUGCUGCUGCUGUUGCAUUGCUGAGGGUUGGCUGUCCAGACAAAAGGUCCUCUCAGAUUUGGGGAGAGUCAUGAGCCGUUUCCUGAAUGUGUUACGAAGCUGGUUGUUUAUCGUGGCCAUCAUAGCCGUGGGGAACACAGUCCAGAGCUUCCGAGACCACACCUUUCUAUAUGAAAAGCUGUACACUGGCAAGCCAAACCUCGUGAAUGGCCUCCAAGCCCGAACCUUUGGGAUCUGGACACUGCUCUCAUCAGUGAUUCGCUGCCUUUGUGCCAUUGACAUCCACAACAAGACGCUCUAUCACAUCACGCUCUGGACCUUCCUUCUCGCUCUGGGGCACUUCCUCUCUGAGUUGUUUGUAUUCGGAACUGCAGCUCCCACGAUUGGCGUCCUGGCACCCCUGAUAGUGGCAAGUUUCUCAAUCCUGGUUAUGCUAGUCGGGCUCCAGUACCUAGAAGCAGAACCAGUAUCCAGACAGAAGAAGAGGAAUUGAGGCCCACGUUACCACGUCCAAGACUUAAUCUUCCACCUUUGCUGUCCCUUAUCCACCCUGCCCUUUAGUUUCUUCUUUUUGGCUCCACUCUCAGCCCCUUUAUCUACUUUUAGCUUUUUAAGUGUUUUUUUUUUCUUUUUAAGAUAUAAUGUGCAUACAUAAAAGUAUGUAACACAUAUGUACAAUUUAAAAAAUAACUUUAAAGUGCAUACUCUGUAACACCAUCAAACACCUCAUAAGCCAGCACCUCAGAAGUCUGUGGUCCUUCUCUACCCACAGCACCCUUGGGGCUCCCUUUUCCAGGCUUUUUUUUCUUUCUUUCUUUCUUUCUUUCCAUUACUUGAUUUGACUUGUGUGGUGGGAACAUGGAACUGUGAAACUCAAAGCAGCUGCCCACCCAGAGCAGCUGUGACCAAGGGCUGUUUCAAGAGGUUGUCCACACACAUUGGACUCCUCUGCUGCUGGACCCAAGACUCUAAGCCAUCCAAGGGACAGGCAGUUCUUCCAAGAAAAGCCCUUUCUGUGUGCAGGACCUAUAGGUAGAUGAGGGUUGGAAGAGUCUGGGCUGUUUUUAGACCUUCUUGUCAGCUGUAUUUGUGAAACAAAUUUUGUAAUAAACCGAA